CUCCUCCUUCUCCUCUUUCUCCUUCCCUCUCUUCUUUCUCUCCUCCUCGCUGGGCGGGAGGCGCCAAGGGCUGGCCAAGGCGACUGCCUCAGGAGGAAGAGGAGGAGGAGGAGGAGGAGAAGGAGGGCUGCUGAGGAAGAAGGCGCAAGGCGAGCCAGGAGACCCAGCAUGAGCACCUGCGAGGCCAAGGAAUACUUGGCCAAGAGGGAGAUCCCCCAGCUCUUCGAGAGUUUGCUGAAUGGAUUAAUGUGCUACAAACCUGAUGAUCCAGUUGAGUACCUGGAAGGCUGUUUGCAAAAAGUCAAGGAAUUGGGAGGAGCAGAAAAAGUAAAAUGGGACACUUUUGUUAGUCCAGAGAAAAGAACACUACCACCACUUAAUGGCAGCCAGUCAAGGAGAGCAUUUUUCAGAAAUGUAAUGCCAGACAAUCCCAAUUUUCCUUAUCGGCGAUAUGACCGGCUCCCUCCAAUCCACCAGUUCUCCAUAGAAAGUGACACAGAUCUCUCAGAAACAGCUGAACUUAUUGAGGAAUAUGAUGUGUUUGAUCCUGCAAGACCACGGCCUAAAAUCAUCCUUGUCAUAGGUGGUCCAGGGAGUGGAAAGGGAACUCAGAGUUUGAAAAUAGCAGAACGUUAUGGAUUUGAAUACAUCUCUGUUGGUGAACUGUUGAGAAAAAAGAUCCAUAACACGAGUAGUAAUCGAAAGUGGAGCCUGAUUGCCAAGAUAAUCACCACUGGAGAAUUAGCCCCACAGGAAACAACUAUUACUGAAAUAAAGCAAAAAUUAAUGCAGAUUCCUGACGAAGAAGGUAUUGUUAUUGAUGGAUUUCCAAGAGAUGUUGCCCAGGCUCUUUCCUUUGAAGAUCAAAUUUGCACUCCCGAUUUGGUGGUGUUUUUGUCUUGCUCAAAUCAACGGCUGAAAGAACGGCUAAUGAAACGUGCUGAACAGCAAGGGAGGCCAGAUGAUAAUCUCAAAGCUACACAGAGACGCCUAACAAACUUCAAGCAAAAUACUGUUCCACUGGUCAAAUAUUUCCAGGAAAAGGGACUGAUCAUGACAUUUGAUGCCGACAGAGAUGAAGAAGAAGUAUUCCAUGACAUAAGCAUGGCAGUUGACAGCAAACUGUUUCCUCCCCAGGAAUCUGUAGCAGGGCCACGUGAACUUGACCUUAAUCUCAUUGCGGAUACCAGAGAUCUUGCUGAUAAUGAUUUCGACUUUGAAGACCAGGCAUAUGACCAGUCAUGUCUUUGCAGACCUGAGAAUAUAGAAGAUUUUGUAGAAGACCUGAAGAAAUCACACAUCAUUUUUGUAGUCGGUGGCCCAGGCUCUGGCAAAGGAACACAGUGUGAGAAAUUGGCACAGAAAUAUGGAUUCACAUAUCUGUCCACGGAAGAGCUCAUCCAGCGUGAAAUGUCAUCAUUAACAGAAAGGAGUAAGAUCAUCCAAGAUACCAUGGAAACUGGCAAGCUGGUACCAGGGGAUAUUGUUAUGGAGCUCCUGAAAGAAGCUAUACUUCCCAAUAUGGGAGAUACAAUAGGAUUCCUGGUUGAUGGUUUUCCCCUGGAGAUGAAGCAAGCAGAAGAGUUUGAGAACCAGGUUGGGGACCCAUCCCUCUUGCUCUGCAUGGACUGUUCCUCAAAGACAAUGAGCAGUCGCCUUCUGAAAAGAAGUCAAAGCAGCCAGUGCCUUGAUGAUAAUGCUGAAGCUAUCGUGAAGCUCAUUGAAACGUACUACCAAUCAGCUGAGCCAGUGAUUAUGUAUUAUGAAAACAGAAUCCCAGUGUUUAAAAUAAAUGCAGAAGGAACACCAGAAGAAGUUUUUUUUGAAGCAUGUACUUCGAUUGAUGCUUUUCUGAAAAAGGAAGGAUCAGCAUCUCCUCUUUCAGUGGACACAGUGUAACUGCCAUUCUCUCCUCCACAUGUGCAGUCCCAGUGGUCCUCAGAAAUGCUGUUCAAAGCAAUAGCUGCUGCCUUGAAAGAUCAGUGCAUGUUGUAAACAUUGCAAAAAACUCCAUAACUCAUACGGUACAGUAAUGACACACUUGUACUGUAGGUUGUCUGUCAUACUGUUUGCACUUCACAGGUUAAGACGCAGCAUGAUAAACAGCAGCUCUGAUCAUGCCUUGCACUAAACUAUUACUUGAUAUAUUAUACUGUCAAGCAUUGAAAUCCCAGUCAAGAGAAUUGACAUAACCAUGUAUUUAUUUGUUUCGUAAACAGUUCAUUUUUGAGGCUACUAAAGCUUGCUCUUUCUCUAUAGUGUUUGAAAAAUCUGUUUCUGCCAUCUUAUCUUAUUGGUGGACCUCAUCAAUACUCAAGUUGCAGUCCAUUAUGCAAACUAGUGGAAAUCUGAAAAUUCUCAAAGUGUAGUGUAAAUACUUUAUACAGUAAAGCUGAAUGUGAAUUCGUUAACAAAUGUGAUUAUGAGAUUAGUUGUUUAGCAAAGCUUGAACAAAUGCAAGGGAUAAUUUGUUUAAAAAUAUUACAAUGAAAACAUAUGAAUAUCGUUGUCUGAUAAAAAAAACAGUCCAGUGCCAAAUAAUGCUGGUGUACCUGAGAUGUGUAAACACCUAACCAAAUUAUGAUAGUACAAGCCCCCCUUUUUCUUAAUGGUGGCAUGUGCACAUGGCCAUGCUGCCAAUAAGAAAAAUGGGACUUGAGCAUGCACAGAUAUGAAGGUCCAACUGUAGGUGACUGCAAAAUUAUGUAUGGUGAGAUACCUAAGAUACAUGUACUCGAGAGGGCAGGAGGUAACCAGUUUAUAUAGUUACUACCUGCCCUACAAAUAAACAGGGCAGUUGUAAAUUCUAAACUAACUUUCAUUACUUCAAGUUUAUGCUAGGAGAAAAUGUAUGGAGCUAGCAUUCGCACAACCUAUUACAUUAUAUUCUCAUACACUUUGUACAAAAUAAUAUGAUAGAGAUUUUACACAUCAGUUAAAAUACUGGGGAUUUUCUGUAUGACUGUGAGCAGGCAAAAGCAUAUUGUAUUCUUAGGAAGGGGCUGCACUCUUCUUCUGGACUAUUCACUAUUUCUGCUUGCAUGAUUGAUAUUUCUGUGAGUUGCAUUAUCAAUGAGUACUUCAGACAGAUUUGUAUUUUUCAGGUUACUUUUCUUGUAAUGAAGAUGUAAUACAAAUAAAACGUAUGAACAAAUAAAAGAGUACUGAUUUUUACUCC